AUGUCAGCACAGCCGAAGCGGAAAAAUGUCAGGAGUCAAGGUGCUCUUAACACUCGUCAAAUUGCUCUACGGGCACAACGCAAAAUCGCCUGCAGUUUCCCCAACCAAACUAAACACCUUUUCCUCGAUGAAAUUACUUGCCACUUAUUAGACACUCUUCAUCAACUCAUUUGGCGUUACACUAAUUCGAAAAAGCGAACCGACAAUUUAGUGAAGCAGAUCAUCAAGACUAAUGUCAAACUCCACGUGAUUGUAAUGAGCACGGGAGUAAAGCAACAGCAAGAGGAAAGUAUUGCCGAAUGUCGAGAAAUGCUGAGAACAGCCGCUCUCUGUCUAAUCCGACAUGUCAACUCUACAAGCAAUGAUGGCGCCUGUGACUUGGCGAGAAUUCAGGCCGCUCUACGCACAGCUGGAACCUUUGCGAGAGCAAUAGCAGAAGGGCACAUGUCACAGAAGUCCCUGGAUAAAUUGGCGGACGUAGUGAUGUUUAUAUCAGACGGAGGAUUCCUCACGGCUCUGACUUCUAAGCAACCCCCUUAUAACCAUCUGGUUCUUGAAAUAGCACAAGAUCUUCAGGACUCUAUUGAUCGAGGUAUUUUGUAG